GGCUUCUAACGUGAAUCGUUUUAUCAUAUCGUGAGCAGAAACGUUUCAACGCUUUGAAAAUCGAUUCCAAACCGGAAACAUCUCGAACCCGACGCGACGUCAUCUUCGUGUUCUCUUCUCCAGGCGGCAUUUCCCACUCCUACUCCCCACUCACAGCACCCAGCCACCCGUCCAUCCCUCCCUACCCGGCUUGGAUCAUACACUCUUCCAGCAGAGCUCGCCACCGCAUCACCUCGACCAACAAAUACUGGAGCUGGCUGAACCUGCGAUGCGGCAGGGUUAAGAGGGAAGGAAGACAAGCCAAAGCAAAAGACGUUUACCGGUUCGACUCAAUUCUCCGCACUUCCGUUCGCUGCUGUGCUGGUAGCUAACAUUGUAUUCUCCCCCGUCACCUAGACCUGGAAGUGCUCUACACUUCCUAGGUUCUUGUCCUGGUAUAGUGAGCAAAAUGGCAACUCCUGCUAGUUCUGACGAGGGCGAGAUUGUGGAAAACGGCGUUGGAGACUCGAAGGCAACUUCACUGCCUCAGUUUGAAGGAACCGGUGUUGACCGUAUGGACAGAACUCGAGCUAGAUAUUCGAGAUCAAGAUCACCCGAGUAUGUGAACGGCUCGAGAUACCCACCCAGCUCAUCCCGACGAAGCCGCUCGCCCCGCGGGCGCAAGCGUCCCCGCGAUGACCGCGAUUCCCUUCGCGGGGGCCGCCUAGAUGCGGACCCGCGACGGUUUCGCGUCCACUACGAGGACUCGUCCGAUAGUCACCGCCGCUCGCGUAUAUCAUACGAUGACGAAGACCGCCCUCCUUACCGUUCAUCGACUGCUGGCCUCCUCUACGAUGACAGAGAUCGAGACUACGUUGUCCGUAAUAAGACUAGGGACUCGAGUCGAGACCGUGAUCGAGAUCGUCGACCUAAGAAGCGCAAUAGAAAUCGCACGCGUUCUCCGUAUCGACCUCCGCAAAGCGAUAGGAACCGAGGCGGCUAUUCACGACGCGAUGAUUACAGAAACCAGCGAGCGUCCGAACAGACGGGUGUCGAACACACCCGAUCGAGUCAGCAAGGCACCCCGCGGCAUUCCCGUGACCAUGCAAAGUAUUCUGAGCAGAAGUCUGCGGGAAGUACAGGUACCGGCAAAGAUGACACUAAACGCGCACCAGGUAGUUCCGAGGAAACUACUCCUACAGGGCCGCCGGCCCAACCCGCCCAGCAAGAAAAAUACUACGAGGAAGAGACACCUGUGGACGUCGACGCCGAGAUAGAACGCAGACGCCGGCGUCGCGAAGAGCUCCUUGCGAAGUCGCGCGGUGCCACGCCAAUGUUAGUCCAAGCCCUCCAGGCCUCGGAAAAGACGAAUGCAGCUUCGCCGGGCCAAACACGGGCGAGUACGCCUCUCGCUGCCGAAGGGAAUACCCCCCGAUCCGUCGUCUCGUCGCCCCACUCGCCGGCUCGUGGCCUUCAGGAAGGAAUGUCGCCCGCUGUACUAGAAAUCUCUAACGAUCAAGAUCUCAUCAAUACUCACGGCGAAUCUAGAGGCACAGACGACGACGGUCCUUCCGCCGCGGACUACGACCCUACGGUUGAUAUGAGAGAAGAUGAGCUCCGGGACGAGCUUCGGCACGGGCAUGCCGGCGCCCAUGGAGAAACCCUUCCCUCGACUCAGGAUGUCGCUCCGGCCGAAGAGCCACAGCGACAAGAGAGAUCGAAGAAGGACGACGACGACGACUUCGAUAUGUUCGCUGAGGAAUUUGACGAGGAGAAAUUCGCAGCCCCUAAAACUGCCGAUCUAGAUACCACCGUGGACGACCGGAAAGUCCCUGCCGCGUUGGUCGAACCUAAUGCCGGCGGUAUCCUCGAGGGCGAUGACAAAGACGGAUAUUAUAAGAUUCGAAUCGGCGAGAUCAUAGAUGGUCGGUAUCAGGUCCAGACGACUCUAGGAAAAGGCAUGUUUUCAGGCGUUGCCCGAGCUGUCGACAUCACGAGUAAGAAGCUGGUCGCCAUCAAGAUGAUGCGAAAUAAUGAUGCACUCAGGAAGGGAGGCUUUACCGAGAUCGCGAUUCUGCAGAAGCUAAACGAGGCUGACCCCGAGAAUCGUAAGCACAUUGUUAAAUUCGAGCGCCAUUUCGAGCAUAAGAGUCAUCUCUGUUUAGCAUUCGAGAACCUCAGCUUGAACUUACGGGAGGUAUUAAGGAAGUUUGGCAACAAUAUUGGCAUUAACCUGAGCGCAACACGCGCUUAUGCACAUCAGAUAUUCGUCGCUUUGGCACAUCUCCGCAGGUGUAGCAUCAUCCACGCCGACCUGAAACCAGACAACAUCUUGGUCAACGAAACCCGUAAUAUCCUCAAGAUCUGCGAUCUAGGUACAGCUAUCGACAGAUCAGAUGCCGCCACGGCGAAUAACGAGAUUACCCCUUACCUAGUCAGUCGGUUCUAUCGAGCGCCAGAGAUCAUACUCGGGAUGCCCUAUGACUACGCCAUCGAUAUGUGGUCCAUAGGAUGCACGUUAUAUGAGCUGUACACCGGCAAGAUCUUAUUCACGGGCGACAGCAACAAUCAGAUGCUCAAAGCAAUCAUAGAAAUCCGUGGCAAGUUUAGCACCAAGCUGUACAAGCGUGGGCAAUUAUCUCAGAUGCAUUUUGAUGACUUUGGCAACUUUGUCAGCCUCGAGAGGGAUAAAGCCCUCGGCAAGGUAAGUUGGCAGUGUUUUUUACUUAUUCGCUUUCCUCGGGCCCCAGAGCACACACACAUACAUGCAUACAUACACAUACACACACCCACAUGGUUGGUAGAUAACGGGCCAUGCCCUGCACGGCUAUUUAUAUUCGAGGCUGCGGUUGCGAGUGGAUCACGUCGACAUUACUACAGGCAGCAUGAUGCCAGCGAUGCGGAAAUCAUCUCCUAACGCCCGCUUCUGGGUGAUAUCCUGCUUCGGUUUGCCACCCUGCGUGCCCGGGACCGGUCAAUCAUACCGUACCAUCGCUCGACGUAGGCCGAGGCGUCUAUGAUGCGCUCGUAGCCUAGGUCUAUCCCGGAUCUUACGGCCUCGAGCUGGCACUUCCAACCCCCAACGCUCCACCAAACACCCUCAUCCAUCUGCUUGGCUACCUUUUCUUCAUAACCCCGCAUUCCGAACUUGUUUGCGCCCCCGGUCAUUCGUCAUUCGUGUCCUAGAAUAGGAAGUCAUCAUCUAGGCCAUGUAUGCUAACAGAUGUACAGACAACAGUGCGGACCCUGGCCGUUGUCAAGCCGACCCGUGACCUCCGGACUCGCCUCAUGGCCGCUUCGGGAGGAAUGAACGAUGUAGAAUCGAGGGAUUUAAACCAUUUCGUGGACCUACUAGAGCGAUGCUUAACACUGAA